GCUAUACACAAACUUGGCUUGUGAGCAGACUAUGAGCACAUCAAAAGAACUGAAAAUUGAAAAAUGGGACGAGGAAGUUGAUGGUAAAUUAUGUGAGCAAGCUAUGGAGAAAAAAUUGAAGACUCAGGGGUACAGCUUUACGCGCUACGAAUUUCCCCCUGGGAUGGUGUUCCCUGAUCAUACUCACAACUGGACUAAGAAGGACUCCAUAGUGACUGGAAGAUUUCAGUUCUGUAUGUAUGGCCAGACUGUAACCUUGGAGCCAGGAGAUAUGAUUGAUGUUCCCAAGAACCAAGUCCACAAUGCUGCAGUUGUAGGCUCCACAUCAGUAGUAUUUUAUGAUGCAACAAAAACCUGACUCGAGUGUUGUUUUCAAUAAUCCAAUAUUGUUUGAGUGAUUCAAAUGUAGUAUUUCAAUCCAAUUAAAUUAUUUGUAAACUUUU